AUUAAAUUACAAAAAUCAAAACCCUUGAAAAUAAAUUACAAAAUCUGAUCUUUUCCGCCUAAAAAAGACACUGCACUAGAGAAUUAGGGAAGCUCUGCUACUAGCAGAUUUCAAUGGCGGCAGAGCGACAGAUGAAGCUCGGCAGUCCCUCCAACGAAGCUAUUCUCCAGCAACUCAGGAGCGGCAUUGCGAGUUUCGAGAUUGCCGCUUCCCCGGUCGCUUCACUUUCCGGUCAAUGCGGCGGAAGCACGCGUCAUCUCACCUCAUCCGUCGCUACCUCUCCGGGAUUCUUCGCCAGGAUUGGCAACCCAGUAAGUGUGGGUUCGCCGGCAAUGAAGAAAGUUGAGCGGUAUUCUGUUCGGAAAGUUACCGGUGAUGGCCGCUGCCUGUUCCGUGCACUGGUAAAGGGAAUGGCUAUCAACAAGGGUAUGAGACUCGGCCCAAGGGAAGAGAGAGAGAGUGCAGAUGAAUUACGUAUGGCUGUAAAAGAAGUUAUAUGUGACAAUGAAAAAGAGCGCUUUCAGUUUGAAGAGGCUUUGGUUGCAAUAACUGUCGAGGAAUCUCUGAAACGUUACUGCCAACGCAUUGGAAGGCCAGAUUUCUGGGGCGGAGAGCCUGAACUUUUGGUGCUGUCAAAGUUGUGCUGCCAGCCAAUAGUUGUAUACAUCCCGGAACAUGAGCACGGUGGAAGGGGAGCCGGUUUCAUUCUGAUUCAAGAAUACGGCUCCGAAUUCCACAAAGGUUCGGAACAAGGGAAGCAGAAGGCUGUUCGAUUGCUCUACACAGGAAGAAACCAUUAUGAUCUGCUAGUGUGACUUUGUAGUUUGCCCAAUGCUCAUGUUGACAGUUUAUGAUAUGCAAUGUUCUUGUGUAUUAUCUUUUGGAAGGUUAGAAUUUAUGCUGUAUUUGAAUUUCAGUUAUUUUGUUAGAAAUUUUUGAAUUAAUGAAAUUGAGGUUGAUUUGCAUA